CUUUUGAAAAGCCCACUCCAAAGUCCUCCAUCCCUGUCUGCUUUAACUUUGCACCCGCACCGUGCAUCAACCAAAAAAAACAACAUGCACGACUAUGAAGCUGCAACAGCCUUCCUCGGGGAAUGGGGACGUUUCCAGCAGCAGGUGUUUUAUCUCCUCUGUCUGAGCAUCAUCCCGAACGGCUUCACCGGCAUGUCCGUCGUGUUCGUCGCCGACACGCCGCCGCACCGCUGCCUGAUUCCCGCGCACAUCAACCUCACCGCUGCAUGGAGGAACAGCAGCAUCCCGCUGGAGGAGAGCCACAGCGGCGCGCCGGUGCCCAGCAAGUGCUCCAGAUACAAGCUUAUAGAUGUGCUGAGAUUCUCGGACAGGGGCUUGCUGCCAGGCGUUGAUGUUAACCUGACUAAUGUGCAAACAGAAAGCUGUUUGGAUGGAUGGGACUAUGAUCAGAGCGUGUACAUUUCUACCAUCAUUUCGGAGUGGGACCUGGUGUGUGAUGACAGGUGGAAGAAACCGCUGACUUCUUCUCUCUUCUUCUGUGGUGUUCUCACUGGCUCGUUCAUUUCAGGACAGCUCUCUGACAGGUAUGGGAGAAAAAUGGUGUUGUUUGUCACCAUGGCGGUCCAGACAGUGUUCACAUUCAUCCAGGUCUUCUCUCCAUCCUGGGCCAUGUUCUGUGCCAUAUACUUUGUAGUCGGGUUGGGACAAAUCUCCAAUUAUGUGGCUGCGUUUGUGCUAGGGACGGAGAUAUUGGGCCCACAUGUUCGGACCAUUUUCUCCACCGCGGGUGUGUGUCUUUUCUUUGCUGUGGGCUACAUGCUGCUGCCGCUGUUUGCCUACUUCAUCAGAGACUGGAGGAUGCUUCUCCUCGGCCUCACCCUGCCUGGCUUCCUCUAUGUGCCUCUCUGGUGGUACAUCCCAGAGUCUCCUCGGUGGCUGCUGUCUCAGGGAAGAGUAGAAGAGGCUGAGGCCAUAAUGAGAGAUGCUGCUAAGAGGAACAAAAUCGAGCCUCCGCCGGUCAUCUUUAGUCCUUUGCAGGUUGAACUUCAAUGUGAGAAGAGGAAGGCCCACAACAUCUGUGACCUGCUUCGUUCCCGAAACAUCCGCUGGAUCUCUGUCACGCUGUGGCUGGUCUGGAACACCUUGACCAUUGCUUAUUUUGCUCUCUCCCUGAACACGGCGAACCUUCACGGCAACGCGUACUUCAACUGUUUCCUGUCGGCUGUGGUAGAGGUGCCUGCCUACAUUUUGUCAUGGGUUAUGUUUCGCUGGUGUUCCAGACGACUGAGUCUUUUCUCAACCCUCUUCAUGGGAGGACUGUUUCUACUCUUCAUACAGCUCACACCAGCAAACCUGAAUUCUCUCGCUGUAGCACUGGAGAUGAUGGGGAAGUUCGCAGUGACGACGGCAUUUGCUAUAGUGUACGCGUACACAGCCGAACUCUACCCAACCGUAGUGAGGAAUACGGCUGUGGGUACCUGCUCCAUGGCCUCCAGAAUAGGCAGCAUCAUUGCCCCAUACUUUGUUUACUUAAGAAGCUAUUCUGUUUCACUGCCUUACAUCCUCAUGGGAAGCAUUACGGCUCUGUCAGGGUUGCUGAGUCUCCUGCUGCCUGAGAGCUAUGGAAUGCCUCUGCCUGACACCAUCAGUCACAUGCAACACUUCCCGGGGUGCUGUCAGAAGACGCCUUAUACACUCACACACACCGAAGAAAAGGAAAAUGCUGCUGAAAGAAAGUCUCCAGUUCUUUGAACAAGGAGCGGCACUGAUAUACAGCUUGGGGCGAAUGACUCGACAUCAUGGGCACUUGUUGGAUUUAACUAAAAGCACUGUUAUUGUAUGUGACUUCAACAGGACCAAGAAACAUUUAUUCAAACAAUAAGUUGUGUGUCCGAAAAUAUCUCCACAAAAUAUGGAGAAAAUAAUGUUUUUCCCUGUGACAGCAUCAAAAUACUGUAGUAUGGAAACUGUAACAAUCCACUAUGCAUUAUAGUGUACAUGCUCAACACCAAUGCAGUUGUUACCGUACUCACAUGAUGCUGUUCACUGGAAAACAAUGAAAAUAGUGUACUUAACAAAAAUAAAAAAAUAAAAAAUAAAAAAAAAA